CCCCACCCCCCAUGUUCGACGACAAGGAGAAGAACCCCGCCAUGCUGGGGCACGCUGCGGCGCCGCCGACGCCGUCGCCGUCCGCCAGCGUCAAGGUCAAGGAGCCGAGCUUUAGCGAGUUCUACGACCCGUCAAAGGAGAGCAAGUGGACCAGGCUGGGCGUGACGCCUGAGAGCUUUAAGCGCGCGCCGGGCGCGACUCGCGGCCUCGUUACCCACGGCGACAUCCCCGAAGAGUUCCGCACGCAGGACAACCCACUGCUCCAGCAGCAGAUGAAGCCGCGCCACCUGCAGAUGAUCGCCGUCGGCGGAUCGAUCGGCACGGGUCUGUUCGUUGGAUCCGGGACCGCGCUGCAGGCUGGCGGGCCGGCCGGCGUGCUCAUCGCGUGGAUCAGCAUGGGCAUCAUGCUUGUGAAUGUUACCCAGGCGCUGGGCGAGAUGAGCAUUUUGUACCCCGUCUCCGGGGGGUUCUACACGCUCGCAAGCCGCAUGCUUGACCCGUCGUUCGCGUGUGCCAUGGGCUGGAACUACACAUUCCAGUGGCUCACCAUCCUCCCGCUCGAGCUCACGGUCGCCGGCAUGACGGUGCAGUACUGGACCAACGCGGUGCCCCUCGGCGCAUGGAUCACGAUUUUCUACGUCUUCGUCAUCAUCAUCUGCCUGUUCGGGACGUUGGGGUACGCCGAGGGCGAGUUCUGGAGCUCGGUGUUGAAACUGGCCCUGGUUAUCAUCUUCGCCAUCAUCGGCAUCGUGUGCAUCUGUGGCGGUGGCCCCAAGGACGGCGCGUAUUCAGAGUAUGUCGGCGGGAAAUACUGGCAGAACCCGGGCGCGUUCGCCAACGGCUUCAAGGGUGUUUGUUCGAUGUUCGUCACCGCCGCCUUCUCGUACUCUGGCACCGAGCUCGUCGGCCUCGCGGCGACCGAGACGCCCAACCCGCGCGAGACGAUGCCCUCGGCCAUCAAGAACACGUUCUGGCGCGUGACGCUCGUGUACAUCACCUCGCUGGUCAUCAUCGGCCUCGCGCUGCCGUACAACGAGCCGCUGCUCAACGUCGGCACCGGCGCGCAGAUCUCGCCGUUCACCAUCGUCAUGAAGAAAGCAGGCUUCAAGGGCCUCGACCACCUCGUCAACGCGACCAUCUGCGUGUCGGUGCUCUCGAUGGGCCUGUCGGCGACAUACGGCGGCUCGCGGUGCAUGAUGGCGCUCGCCGAGCAGGGGUACGGGCCCAAGUUCCUCACGUACGUCGACAAGGCCGGCCGCCCGCUCUACUCGGUCCUCAUCGUCAUCGCGACCGGCCCGCUCGCGUACAUCAACCUCGCGCCCGUGGGCGACCUCGUCUUCCAGUGGCUCAUGGCGCUGUCGGGCCUCUCGACGCUGUUCACCUGGCUCGCGAUCUGCAUCACGCACAUCCGCUUCCGCCGCGCAUGGAAGCUCCAGGGCCACAGCGUCGAGGAGCUGCCGUUCAAGGCCAUGGGCGGCACGUUUGGCUCGUGGAUGGGCGCGACGCUCAUUGUCUUUAUUAUCUGCGUCCAGUUCUACGUCGCCGUCUGGCCCAUUGGCGAGCAGCCUCACGGCCGGGCCGCUGCCGAGCAGUUCUUCCUCGCGUUCCUCGCCAUGCCCAUCAUGAUCUUCAUCGCGGCCGUCUCGUACAUCUGGAAGCGGGACCGCCCCCGCCGCGCGAGGGACAUCGACCUCGACACUGGUCGCAAGUCGUGGCUCACGGUCGACGAGAUGCGUGCUUACCGCGCUGAGCGUGCCGCCGCCCCGUGGUACACGCGCUUGUACCGCCUCCUCUUUACCAACUAGAGCGAGGGAUUUGUAUAGAUGUGGCUGGUGUAUGGGUCUUGCCUGACAACGA